AUGUCGCAGGAGCCUCGGCGGACAGGUCCAUUGCCCGACGAUGUGACUACCGGCGGCCCCAGCGUGAUCGACAAUGAGCGUCCGCCCGCAGGCAACCGCCAUCUUUCGCGCCGGCCGCCAUUGCGCGCCAGACCGCAGUCCUGGCAUCCGUACGGACCCGUGGAGCCGCCGCUGGAACUUUCUUCGGCGCGGUCCAUCGGUGUUCAUGCGAUCUUGAACCCGCCAGAACAGGCAGCGGCUAUCGAUGCAGCUAGCAGCAGCCGUGAGCCUUUGACUUUACCGGGACCCUCGGCAUCGCCUCGGCCGCGGCAGGGCUCUUCACCUGCUCCUAGGACAGUGCAUCCUCUAGUACAGCAGCAAUUGUCUCCGAGAUCUUAUUCACGCUCGUUGAUGAGCCCGGGUUCACCAUCAGUGCGGUUUAUUGGUAGUGGCAAGACCUCGGCACAGUCUAGUGUGGCCCAUUCUCCGCUGGUUCACCAGGAACCUUUUCUGGGUCCACCCCAACCCACGAGCAGCUCUUCUCUACUAUUGGAAUCAGCACUUCGUCCCAUUAAUUCAUUACCGUCCACUCAACCUCAAUCCUUGACAUCAAUCCACUCUACUGCACCCAGCGUCCACUCGCGAAGGACCAGUAACGGGCCAGGGCCUUUUACUACCCCAGCUUCGCAGGAGAUAAGCCCUACGACACCCCAUUCGAGCUUCGGUCAUUUUACACACGCAUCUCCAGCUGGGAACAAUGUUUCUCUACCACCAACUGUCCCACCCUACUCCGCAGCGCCAACCUACAUGACAAUGGAUACCAUGGCCCGCGGAACACCAGCGAUAGCAGAACCACGCCGCAUAAAAGAAGAGCCGGUCAUUGCAACCGGCACAUCGAGAAGCGUCACACCUCUCGGUGGUACUUUAAUACCGUGCGUGCUGGAUCUGAAGUCCGGAUCUUCCAGUCAAGCAGAAAAGCGCAAGGCCAACAGCGACGCUAGUCGACGAUUCCGAAACCGCAAGCGCAACGAGGUACAGCUCGAGCAGCGACUUGGUGCUCAGCAGGAUGAGAUCCAGCGCCACGUUGAAACGAUCGGUCGUCAGAGCGAGGAAAUCCGCUCCCUUGCCCAACAGAGAGAUCACUACCGCUCUGAGCGGGACUUCUACCGUGACCAACUUGGAAGAUCGGUACAGCUGCCGCCCCGUCCCCCUUCACCUCGCUCCCAGACCUCUCUCAGCUCCGCUACGGACUCGACUGCGACUUCGACCUGGGCUGGAGAUAUGUCGCGGACUACUGCAGCACCAACCUCCGGUACAACGGGGAGAGUACCGGACUCGGCGAGACCGCAAGGGAGCUGGCCCGGAAGCCCCCAUCAUCUUACUCGCCUGCUAAUACAUCAGGAGGGCCGGCACCCUCUCCAGUACCACCAUCAGCAGCAGCUGGAGGACCCCUACCUCCACCCCAAGGGCCAUGGACCCGGCAAUAGGUCACGCCCAUGA